AUGGCGAUUGUCACAGGGGAUAGAUACUUGGAAUCUUUAGUGAAAUUCGUGGAAAACAACACAGAACCGUUAAUUGAAGGAACCCUUGUGUUGAAAUUGAACCCUGUGGGGCUUCGGUAUGUGCAAUCGAGGCUUGAGGCUUUGGCGGAGCUGGAGAGUUUGUUAGCCGGAGCACCGGUGGAUUAUCUGCGUGCGUAUGUUUCCGACUUGGGUGACCACCGGGCGCUGGAGCAGCUCCGGAGGAUUCUGCGGUUGUUACCGUCGUUGAAGGUGGUUUCGAUGUUGCCUCCGCCUGGGAGGGAUCCUACGCCGCUGUAUUUAUUGCCGUUUGGGAGGUUGAAGAUUCUGGAGCUCAGGGGAUGUAAUCUCUCGGCCUCUACUGCCAAGGGGUUACUGGAAUUGAGACAUACAUUGGAGAAGUUGAUCUGCCACAAUUCUACUGAUGCACUGAGGCAUAUAUUUACAAGUAGAAUUGCGGAGAUUAAGGAUUCACCACAGUGGAACCGGUUAUCAUUUGUUUCAUGUGCGUGUAAUGGCUUGAUGCUUAUGGACGAGUCUUUGCAGCUUCUUCCAGCUACUGAAACCAUCGAUCUCAGUAGGAACAAAUUUGCCAAGGUGGAUAAUCUUCGGAAGUGUACCAAAUUGAAGCACCUGGAUCUUGGAUUUAAUAACCUGAGAAGUAUUUCAUCAUUUAGUGAGGUCUCGUGUCAAAUUGUGAAACUCGUGCUGAGGAACAAUGCUUUAACCACAUUGCGAGGGAUUGAGAAUUUGAAGUCACUUGAAGGGCUUGAUCUUUCUUUCAACGUUAUUUCAAACUUCUCCGAGAUAGAGAUCCUUGCUGGCCUUCCGUCUCUUCAGAGCUUAUGGUUGGAAGGAAAUCCUCUUUGUUCUGCAAGAUGGUACCGCUCCCAAGUUUUUAGCCUUUUCCUUCAUCCAGACAAACUUAAGCUGGACGAGAAGAGUAUGUCCCCAAGAGAGUUUUGGAAACGGCAAAUUAUAGUGGCAAGCCAGCAGAGGCAACCUGCUAGCUUUGGAUUCUAUUCACCAGCCAAAGGUGAUGCUGAACCGGAGGGGACUAUCAACACAAAUAGGAGGAAGAUCUCUCGUCUUGUCAGUAUCGAGAGUGAAGAGCAGAGCACAUAUAUAUAUUCGGACCAAGAUUCUGUGUCAUGUGAUAAUGAGAUUCAAACCAAAGAGGAUAAUGAUAUUACAGAUGAGGAAGCUGAAAUAGCAGAUUUUAUGAGAAGAAUUGAAUUAAUGAAAAAAGAAAGGUCUGUUUUAUGGUUGCAGGAAUUCAAAGAAUGGAUGAAUCAAGCUUCUGACAAUUUUGUUGUUGAUAGCAAAUGUAGCCGUGUGAGUGGAAUUUUAAGUAAUAAUGGAGAGAUUCAUAUGAAAAGUGAGGCAAAAGAUGAGAAUCUUGGAGAGAGCUCGAGAUAUAUCUCUGACUCUGUUCAGCUUUCUGGGGAUGAGAGUAGUACAGUUGUUCUAGAAUCUGAAACCUCCUUUGUGGACACAUCCACGAUUGUCAGUGCCCAGCGGUACUUCGACCGAAUUGGUGAAGUAGCUUCAAAGUUUUUCACUGGUCAUGCACGUGGGGAUAGAUCUGUUGUCAAAAGUAUGGGUCUGAAUCAGGAACAUCUGACAUUCUUAAAUGAUGGACACCUGUCUGCAGAUGCUAGAAACUCACCUCUUAAUUCACUGAUCUCCAAAGCGUGCCCAGGAUCUCCUCCUCAUUACCAAGCAGACAUUUUGCAUCGGCGCCAAAACUUAGAAGAAGAACUUCUACAUCUAUCUGCAGAGUCCUUCUCGGUGGCAUCUUCUGAUAGCAAUACAAGUUGUAGUGAUGAUGAUUCUGCUGAACUUUUUCCUCCUAUAACUCUGGUUGAUCAAUCUAUGAUCAACAAUAUAUCUGGAAGUGGUUUGAAUGGCUACUCUUCUGCUUCUCGGUCUGGUGAUGCCGACCAUGGCAAAAGGUCCAAACUGACAGAAAAUGGGACUCACACUUCAGAUUCAAGCGUGGAAGGAAAUUCUAAUAAUAUUGGAGUUAGAGAGUUGGAAAGAUCCACAUAUACAUGUAGCAAUUUUACUGAUGGUGUGCACGAUGGUGAAAUUGUACGUUUUCUGAAAGACGAAGCUGAUUGGUUGGAGAAGAAAAAAUUCACAAGGAAACCCAAAAAGAGGAUGAUUUCAUUACCAGAGGAGGAUGGCCAUGGUGACUCUGACUCUUCGAAGAAAUCCAAUGACAAUGUGGAAAAAUGCAGAAAUGACAAGGGACUUGAAAAAGAAAUCUGUUGUCCUAGUGACUUGCUGAAGCCCUGUGCUGAAAAAAAAACCUGUAAAAGCACAACAAAUGAUUACAGGGGACACCAUUCUGGAGUCACUACGUCAAAUGGGGGGAAAGAUGAUGUUAUUGAGAGCUAUUUUAAUUUGAACAUAGCAGAUUCUGGGUCUUACGAGACUUGUACUCAUUAUACACGUUGCAACUGUCUAUUCAAGGAAAAAUCUGGUCAUUGUGAAAGGGAAGUGGCUAUAUUAAGGAGCAGUAAAGACAAGUUGUAUGUAUUGAUCAUUGUCAAGGCAUGUGAUGGGUCAGCAACAACAUUAGAAAUGGUGGGUUGUCACGGUGUUGGAGAUGUUAGAGGGGCCUAUGUUGGAUUAGGACUUCAAGUUGUAAGGGUGUGCUUUGAGGGCAAUACUGCAUAUCUGUUCAUAACAAGGUGCGUAGAGAGAUCGAGAGAAUUGCUAUGGGUUUUGGAAUUCUUUGAUUCACAUGGGUUAAAAGAUUAUUGCUCCCUGACAAGCUUGGAGCAGAUCCAGGUUCAUCUUUUGGAGCAGCAUGUUUGUGGAUGUUCAAAUAUUAACAUUUUUCAGUACUCAAUGGUUCUCUUUUGGCAGAACAACUUGAAAGAAGAUUUGUGGCUUUCAAGGUCCCUGUUCAUUGUCGAAGGACAUUUGCUUGUGUGCACUGAGGACCUUGUGCAGUUUGGCCCCACUGAGAUUGCAUCUUCUAAUUAUUUUUCACUGGACUCAAGUUGUGCUAUUGUUAAUAUCUCAGAGAUGGUCAUUGAUACUCUGGAUAGCCUGUGCGUGACCCUGGCUCUCGAAUACACAUCAGAGUUAUGUCCUGUACAGAAAGAAUGCAUUGUAAAGGAUGCUGCAGUUACCAAGAUGCCGGAUUCAGGUCUUGUAAUGUGGAAACUAAAGUGGUUCUCGAAAGAGAGUCUUCUCAAGUUUGUGGCAUUACUGAAGGCAAUACAUGCUCAGGCAACUUCUUCGCUAUUAGUAAAAUGUAUAUCGUGA